AUGGUUCUGGCGACUAACCCUCUUCUCGAGUCCUUCGGUAAUGCGAAAACCUUGCGGAAUAAUAACUCGUCGCGGUUCGGAAAAUAUCUAGAAUUACAAUUCAAUUCUGUUGGUGAGCCUGUCGGCGCCACGAUUACAAAUUAUCUCCUGGAGAAAUCUAGAGUCGUUGGGCAAAUCACGAAUGAACGAAACUUCCAUAUCUUUUAUCAAUUUACAAAAGCUUCACCGCAGACCUAUAGAGAUAACUUCGGCAUCCAACAACCGCAGUCUUAUGUGUAUACAAGCCGCUCCAAAUGUUUUGAUGUCCCAGGCAUAGAUGAUACUACUGAUUUCAAAGAUACAUUAAACGCCAUGAACAUCAUUGGUUUAUCCCAAGCCGAACAAGAUAAUAUCUUCCGCGUUCUGUCAGCUAUUUUAUGGCUCGGAAAUAUGCAAUUUAUCGAAGAUGACAGUUCCAACGUUUCAAUAACGGAUCAGUCGGUGGUGGAUUUCGUCGCCUACUUAUUAGAAGUUGAUGCCGCUGCCGUGAACAAGGCCCUUACGUUGAGAAUUAUGGAAACUGCCAGAGGCGGGGCGCAGGGGUUCCGUCCACUGCUGUUCGAGACGCACUCGCAAAAGCCCUUUAUUUUAACAUGUUUGAUUGGAUUGUUCAGCGAGUUAAAUGCUUCACUUGCAGCUAGGGGCUCUGUGGAAAACUCCAUCGGUAUCCUGGAUAUUUAUGGGUUCGAGAUUUUUGAGAAAAACUCUUUCGAACAACUCUGCAUCAACUACGUCAACGAAAAGCUACAGCAAAUUUUCAUCCAGCUUACCUUAAAGACGGAACAAGAAGAAUACGCUCGCGAGCAAAUCAAGUGGACUCCCAUUACAUACUUUGAUAACAAAGUUGUGUGUUCCUUGAUUGAAGAUAAACGACCACCUGGGAUUUUCGCCGCGUUGAAUGACGCUUGUGCAACUGCACAUGCUGACUCCGGCGCGGCUGAUCAGACGUUUGUAGGAAGGCUGAAUUUCCUUAGUCAAAAUCCAAACUUCGAGUCCAGGCAGGGCCAAUUUAUUGUAAAGCAUUAUGCUGGCGACGUUGGUUACACUGUGGAUGGAAUGACGGACAAAAAUAAGGAUCAGCUAUUGAAAGACUUGCUUAAUCUAGUGGGCUCGAGUAGUAACCGCUUCAUGCAUACACUCUUCCCCAACCAGGUUAAUCAGGACGACAAGCGUCGGCCGCCAACUGCCGGCGACAAGAUUAAAGCAUCUGCAAACGACCUCGUUGCGACUUUAAUGAAGGCACAACCGUCAUACAUCAGAACUAUAAAACCGAACGACAACAAAUCACCAUCCGAGUACAAUGUUGGCAAUGUGAUGCAUCAAAUCAAAUACCUUGGUCUACAGGAGAACGUCCGAAUCCGCAGAGCGGGGUUCGCCUACCGCCAAACUUUUGACAAGUUUGUCGAACGCUUCUAUCUGUUGUCACCGAAGACUUCAUAUGCUGGUGAUUGCACCUGGACUGGGGACGCUGAAUCGGGGGCGAGGCAGAUCCUGAAAGACACUAGCAUCCCCGCAGAGGAAUAUCAGAUGGGUACUACAAAAGCUUUCAUAAAAACCCCUGAGACCCUGUUCGCACUUGAACACAUGCGGGAUAGAUACUGGCAUAACAUGGCCAUCCGUAUUCAGCGAGCUUGGCGAAACUACCUCCGAUACCGAAUUGAAUGUGCUAUCCGAAUCCAAAGGUUCUGGAGACGGGUCACGGGAGGGCUGGAAUAUAUCAAACUCCGAGACCAGGGCCACAGAAUUCUUGGUGGAAUGAAGGAAAGACGUAGAUACAGUCUUGUUGGCUCGCGAAGAUUCCUUGGUGAUUAUCUUGGAGUUGGAAACAAUGGAGGCCCUGGAGAAAUGAUCAGGGAUUCCAUUCGCAUUAGCAAAUCCGAAACUAUUUUAUUCUCCUGCCGCUGUGAGCUCCUUGUUACCAAAUUCGGUCGUUCAAGUAAACCUUCUCCACGAAUUUUAAUUCUACUGACCUGCCAUUGUUACAAGACAUCAAACAAUGUUUACAUUGUCGUCCAAAGCGUCGUAAAUAAUCAAUUGAAUAUUUCCGCGGAAAGAACAAUAUCCAUCGGUGCAAUCAAGUUCGUCAGCGCGUCCAAAUUGAAAGAUGACUGGUUUGCUCUUGGAGUUGGUUCUCCCCAGGAGCCCGAUCCCCUUAUCAGCUGUGUAUUUAAGACAGAAUUUUUUGCAUACCUCUCCAAUGCGCUGCGCGGCCAACUCAACCUCAAGGUCGCCGACACGUAA